AUGAAUCGACCAAAGCCAACAAGCAUUAGGCGCCCUAGUAACACCAAACCAUCAGGUCACCCACCUCCAGGAGAUUUCAUUGCUCUUGGAGCGAAGAGUCAGAGCAGUGAGCCGAAAGCAAACCCAGCUCUCUUGAAGCCAGCAUCCACCGGUUUGCCCCCAGACCGCAAGAGAGAGGCGUCUUCAUCUCUUCCCUCUUCCUCCAGCCUGUCCAGUCUUUCCAAACGGCCCAAGCACUCUUCUACUCCACCCAGCGCCCUCUCACGCCUCGCUGAGGUAGCUGCUGUUGACAAAAGAUCAAUAUCCCCCUCCAUCAAAGAGCCAUCUGUAGUUCCUAUUGAAGUGUCUCCUGCUGUGCUUCUGGAUGAGAUUGAGGCAGCGGAGGCAGAGGGUAAUGAUGACCGCAUUGAGGGUGUGCUAUGUGGGGCUGUCAAACAACUGAAGAUGAACCGAGCCAAGCCCGACAUGACGCUAUACCUCAGCCUCAUGUUUCUCGCCAAAAUCAAGCCCAAUGUCUUUGCAACAGAGGUGUCUCCUGCUGUGCUUCUGGAUGAGAUUGAGGCAGCGGAGGCAGAGGGUAAUGAUGACCGCAUUGAGGGUGUGCUAUGUGGGGCUGUCAAACAACUGAAGAUGAACCGAGCCAAGCCCGACAUGACGCUAUACCUCAGCCUCAUGUUUCUCGCCAAAAUCAAGCCCAAUGUCUUUGCAACAGAGGGUGUGAUAGAGGCUCUCUGCAGUUUGCUCCGCCGUGACGCCUCAAUCAACUUUAAGGCCAAGGGGAACAACCUGGUGUCUGUGCUGGCCUGUAACCUAUUGAUGGCUGCCUAUGAGGAAGAUGAAAACUGGCCUGAGAUAUUUGUCAAAGUCUACAUUGAGGACUCUCUCGGUGAGCGUAUCUGGGUGGACAGCUCGCACUGUAAAACUUUUGUUGAUAACAUCCAGACUGCCUUCACAACCAAGAUGCCACCCAAGAGUAUGCUGCUCCAGACGGAAACAGGGAGAUCAGGGGGCGACCUCAGUGCUGGGAACAGCCCUCAUCCUUCCACUCCAGAUGAGGAUGAAGGUCAGACUGAGCUUUUAAUCGCUGAAGAGAAACUGAGUCCAGAGGAUGAUGGACAGGACAUGCCCAGGUAUGAGGAGCUGGCUGAAAGUGUGGAGGAGUAUGUCUUGGACGUUUUGAGGGACCAGCUGAACCGUCGCCAGCCCAUGGAUAACGUGUCCAGGAACCUUCUGCGCCUUCUCACGGCCACCUGUGGUUAUAAAGAGGUCCGACUGAUGGCCGUGCAGAGACUUGAGAUGUGGUUACAGAAUCCUAAGCUGACUCGGCCAGCACAGGAUCUUCUGAUGUCUUUGUGCAUGAACUGUAAUACACACGGCUCAGACGACAUGGAGGUCAUCUCGAACCUCAUCAAGAUCCGCCUCAAACCUAAAGUUCUCCUCAACCACUACAUGCUGUGUGUCAGGUAUGAGGAGCUGGCUGAAAGUGUGGAGGAGUAUGUCUUGGACGUUUUGAGGGACCAGCUGAACCGUCGCCAGCCCAUGGAUAACGUGUCCAGGAACCUUCUGCGCCUUCUCACGGCCACCUGUGGUUAUAAAGAGGUCCGACUGAUGGCCGUGCAGAGACUUGAGAUGUGGUUACAGAACCCUAAGCUGACUCGGCCAGCACAGGAUCUUCUGAUGUCUUUGUGCAUGAACUGUAAUACACACGGCUCAGACGACAUGGAGGUCAUCUCGAACCUCAUCAAGAUCCGCCUCAAACCUAAAGUUCUCCUCAACCACUACAUGCUGUGUGUCAGGGAGCUUUUGAAUGCACACCGAGAUAAUCUGGGCACCAUGGUGAAGUUUGUGAUCUUUAACGAGCUGUCAAAUGCCAGAAAUCCCAAUAAUAUGCAAGUGCUCCAUACAGUUUUGCAACAUAGCCCAGAGCAGGCACCCAAGUUUCUGGCCUUGGUGUUCCAGGAUCUGCUGACCAAUAAGGACGACUACCUCCGGGCCUCACGCGCUUUGCUCAGGGAAAUCAUUAAACAGACCAAACACGAGAUCAACUUCCAGUCCUUCUGUUUAGGCCUCAUGCAGGAAAGGAAAGAGGCCAGUUAUGUGGACAUGGAGUUUAAAGAGCGUUUUGUCAUUCAAGUGACAGAUCUCUUGACAGUGUCCAUGAUGCUUGGGAUCACGGCUCAGGUCAAAGAGGCUGGCAUUGCUUGGGACAAAGGAGAGAAGAAGAAUCUGGAGGGGCUGAGGUCCUUUCAGAACCAGAUUGCUGCCAUCCAGAGAGAUGCUGUGUGGUGGCUGCACUCUGUGGUUCCCACCAUCAGUAAAGUGGGACCUAAAGACUAUGUGCACUGUCUACACAAAGUGCUUUUCACAGAGCAGCCUGAGACGUAUUACAAAUGGGACAACUGGCCACCUGAGAGUGACCGAAAUUUCUUUCUCCGGCUGUGCUCUGAGGUUCCUCUGUUAGAGGACACGCUGAUGCGCAUCUUGGUGAUCGGUCUCUCUCGUGAUCUGCCCCUGGGCCCAGCUGAUGCCAUGGAGCUGGCUGAUCACCUGGUGAAGAGAGCUGCAGGAGUUCAGUCUGAUGACUUGGAAGUGUUGCGAGUCGAGAGGAUCCAACUAAUUGAUGCUGUGCUGAACCUUUGUACUUAUCAUCACCCAGAGAACAUCCAGCUGCCUGCAGGCUAUCAACCUCCAAAUCUUGCCAUAUCAACUCUUUACUGGAAGGCCUGGCUGCUGCUGCUUGUGGUGGCAGCAUUCAACCCACAGAAAAUUGGUUUGGCAGCAUGGGAUGGUUACCCCACUCUGAAAAUGCUCAUGGAGAUGGUUAUGACAAACAACUACUCUUACCCUCCAUGCACGGUGGCUGAUGAGGAGACCAAAACCGAGAUGAUCAACAGAGAGCUGCAGAUCUCUCAGAAGGAGAGGCAGGAGAUCCUGGCCUUUGAGAGCCACUUGGCAGCUGCCUCCACCAAACAGACCAUAACAGAAAACAACAGCCUCCUGCUGUCCCAGCUCACCAGCCUGGACCCAAAGGGACCCCCUCGUAAGCCACCGCCUCUUGUCCUGGAUCAAGUAAAGAGUCUGAACCAGUCUUUGCGCCUGGGCCAUCUGCUCUGCCGCAGCCGCAACCCUGACUUCCUACUCAAUAUUAUCCAGAGACAAGCCUCCUCUCAGUCUAUGCCAUGGCUGGCUGAUCUCGUCCAGUCCAGUGAAGGGUCCUUGGAUGUGCUGCCCGUUCAGUGCCUCUGUGAAUUCCUCCUCCACGAUGCUGCUGAUGACGCCUCCUCCAUUGAUGAUGAGGAGGAAGGAGAGAGCAAAGAGCAGCGAGUGAAGAAAAGACAGAGGCAGCAGAAACAGAGGCAGCUUCUUGGGCGGCUCCAGGACCUGCUGCUGGGUCCUAAGGCUGAUGAACAGACCACAUGUGAAGUCUUGGACUACUUCCUCCGCCGUCUCAGUUCUUCUCAGGUGGCCUCUAGAGUACUGGCCAUGAAGGGUUUGUCUCUGGUGCUGACUGAGGGAGCAUUAAAAGAUGGAGAGGAGAGGGAUCAGCUCAUGGAGGAGGACUCCAGAGAUGCCGAGUUACUGCCAGGCUACCAGUGGCUCCUUCAGGACCUCCCCAAACUACCUCUGUUUGAUAGUGUAAGAGGCUUGACGUCCAGCGCCUUACAGCAGGCCAUUCACUUAGAAACUGAUCCUCAGACCAUCAGCGCAUACCUGAUUUACCUUUCCCAGCAUGCACCAGUGGAAGAACAGUCACUCCACAAUGACCUGGCCUUGGAUGUGGCUCGUCUGAUAGUGGAACGCUCCACUAUAAUGAACUCCCUCUUUUCCAAGCACUCCUGCAGGCCUGAGUCUGAUGCAGUUCUCUCCGCUCUUAUCUCCAUUUUCUCCAGCUAUAUCCGUCGUAUGAGGAAGACAAAAGAGGGAGAGGACCUCUAUAGCUGGUCGGAGUCUCAGGAUCAAGUGUUCCUGCGAUGGACUACAGGAGAAACAGCCACCAUGCACAUCCUAGUGGUCCAUGCUAUGGUCAUCCUGCUCACACUGGGACCUCCCAAAGCCCCUUCCCACUGCAUUCCUGGUUGA